GUUUUCUUCAAUACGCGUUCGUUUAAAGCGGCGUAUUUUUUUGUGUUGUUGUAGCUGUUGUGAAAAUAAGAAAUCUUGUUUUUGUUGUAUUCUUUGGGCUGCCUUUUUCCCUAAAAAAAUCCAAAAAUGAAAAUAAAGAGAGUGUGUGUAUUUGAAUGAGUUGCUUUUUAAACAAGUGCAAAAGGAAAAUUAAUAAUAAAAGAAUUUAUACUAAAAAAAGGCAACAAUAAAAAGAAAUAAUAAAUGGGAAUAAAACAACAACAAAAAAUAGAAAAGAAAAGCUUAUACUUUAAUUCGCAGUGUGUGUGUAAAGAAGAACGGCAGUUAUACAGACAAAUAACACAACAAAAAAAUGUGCACAUAUCAUAAAUUAUUUUAAAAAUUAAAUGACAACAACAAGGAAAAAAAUAAUCUCAAAAUCAUGACCAAUUUAUUAAAAACUUAAGACAAAACAAAAACAAAAUUAUUUUGUUGCUAAUAAAAAAUAAAGAAAUCUCUCUUUCUAUACUUUAACCAACAAAAAAAAACGCACAAGUUUUUUUUUCCUACUUUACCUCCCUCCUAAACAAAAUUUUAAAUUGACAAAACAAAAACCAAAAAAAAAAGUUGGAUAAAAUAAAUUUUAACAAAAAUUAACAAUAGUGUGUGAAAUAACUAAAAAUUGAUUUAAAAAUAAUUGAAUAUUUCUUCAUUGAGAAAAAGAAAUGUUAAAUAAACAUUUGAAAAUGUUUAAAUCAAAUAAAAUGUGGUUAUUUUUGAAUAAUAACAACGAAGAAACCAAAAAAAUCAAUACCAGCUUUAAGAUCAACAACAAGAACAACAUGAUCGUGAAUAAUAAACAUUCUUCCCCCUCUUUAUCUUUAACUGAGCGGAUACAAAAUCUUUUUAUGAACCAGAAACAACAAAAUAUAUCGUCAUCAUCAUCAGCUCCAUUACAAAGACAACGAAAUCUUCUCAUUGGAUUAAUUUUAACUAUUUCAUUUAUACAGCAUGUUAAUUGUGCCGAUUUAGCCAUAAGCAUACCCAAUAAUCAAGGUAUGGACGGUGCCUCUUAUCGUCUAGACUACAGUCCGCCAUAUGGUUAUCCAGAACCAAAUACCACCAUUCCCUCAAAUGAAAUUGGCGAUGAAAUACAAUUUUCGCGUGCUUUACCCGGUACCAAAUAUAAUUUUUGGUUGUAUUAUACAAAUUUUACACAUCACGAUUGGCUGACGUGGACAGUGUCCAUAACAACGGCUCCUGAUCCUCCCUCAAAUCUGUCCGUACAGGUGCGUAGCAGUAAAAAUGCUAUAAUCCAAUGGUCACCACCGACUCAGGGAAAUUAUACAGCAUUUAAAAUCAAAGUACUUGGUUUAUCUGAGGCUUCCAGCUCCUACAAUAGAGUAUUCCAUGUUAAUGACUCAACAUUCCAACACAGUGCUAAAGAGUUAACGCCCGGUGCCACAUAUCAGGUGCAGGCCUAUACCAUUUACGAUGGCAAAGAGUCGGUGGCCUAUACAAGUCGAAAUUUUACCACAAUACGGAGAACCAGACAUAAAGAUUUGCUGGAUAUUAAAAUACUAAGAGAACCCAAUACACCGGGUAAAUUUAUCGUUUGGUUUCGUAAUGAAACCACAUUGCUCGUCCUUUGGCAGCCACCAUAUCCUGCUGGCAUUUAUACACAUUAUAAAGUGUCUAUAGAACCGCCAGAUGCCUUGGAAAGUGUUUUGUAUGUGGAGAAAGAGGGUGAACCACCAGGACCGGCUCAGGCGGCCUUUAAGGGUUUAGUGCCCGGCCGUGCCUAUAAUAUAUCCGUGCAGACAAUGUCAGAGGAUGAGAUAUCCCUGCCAACCACCGCUCAAUAUCGUACAGUGCCAUUACGACCGUUAAAUGUAACAUUUGACAAGGACUAUAUAACAUCGAAUUCGUUCCGGGUGCUGUGGGAGGCACCCAAAGGCGUUUCAGAGUUUGACAAAUAUCAGGUAUCCUAUGCGGCUUCAAGGCGCCAGCCUACAGUCACCAGAUCAGAUGAUCCUAUAGCGUAUUUCGAUUUUCGUGAUAUACCAGAACCGGGCAAAACAUUUAAUGUUAUUGUCAAAACCGUUUCGGGGAAAGUUACUUCCUGGCCGGCCACAGGAGAUGUCACGUUGCGUCCUCUGCCCGUUAGAAAUUUACGUUCGUUUUGGGAUGACAAAACCAAUAAUAUGAUUAUAACCUGGGAACCUGAUACAGCCUCAACACAAGAUGAAUAUCGUAUUGUUUAUCAUGAAUUGGAGACAUUUAAUGGUGAUACCAGUACCCUAUCCACCGAAAGAACCAACUUUAGUUUAGAAUCUCUAUUGCCGGGACGCAAUUAUUCCGUUUCGGUGCAAGCUUUAUCAAAGAAAAUGGAAUCCAAUGAAACCACCAUAUAUGUAGUGACUAGACCCUCUUCGCCCAUUAUCGAGGACUUGAAAUCGAUUAAAAUGGGUUUGAAUAUUAGCUGGAAGAGUGAUGUCAAUUCGAAACAAGAACAAUAUGAGGUCUUGUACUCACGCAAUGGCACCUCCGAAUUGCGUACCGUAUUUACCAAAGAAUCACGUUUGGUUAUUAAGAACCUACAUCCCGGAGCUGGUUAUGAAGUCAAAGUGUUUGCUGUUAGUCAUAGUUUAAGGAGUGAACCUCAUGCUUAUUUCCAGGCUGUGUUUCCCAAUCCUCCACUUAAUUUAACCAUAGAAACUGUUCGCAGUAAUUCCGUAUUGGCUCACUGGUCUCCUCCAGAAAACAGUGAUUUCACCGAAUAUACCAUACGCUAUCGUACUGAAUCGGAACAACAAUGGGUACGUUUGCCCAGUGUACGCUCCACAGAGGCUGAAAUCACCGACAUGACCAAGGGUGAAAAGUACACAAUACAGGUGAAUAGUGUUAGUUUUACCGUGGAGAGUCCUACGCCACAAGAGGUCAAUACCACCGUACCACCCAAUCCGGUAUCGAAUAUUAUUCCCUUGGUGGAUUCUCGCAAUAUAACACUGGAGUGGCCUAAGCCAGAGGGAAGAGUUGAAUCGUAUAUACUUAAGUGGUGGCCCACCGAUAAUCCAUCGAAGACACAGACUAAAAAUGUCUCCGAAAAUAAAUCAGCCGACGAUAUUUCCACCGUACGCGUCCUCAUUGGCGAUCUAAUGCCGGGCGUGCAAUACAAAUUUGAUAUACAAACCACUUCAUAUGGCAUUUACUCCGGCACCACUCACCUAUCUACACGCACCAUGCCUCUUAUACAGUCAGAAGUUGUUGUGGUCAACGAUAAGCAGGAAGAUGAACGUGAUACCAUAACGCUAUCCUAUACACCCACCCCACAAUCUUCCUCGAAAUUUGAUAUCUAUCGCUUUUCCUUGGGCGAUCAAGAGAUAAAAGACAAAGAGAAAUUGGCCAAUGAUACAGAUCGCAAGGUAACAUUUACUGGUUUAGUGCCCGGUCGUCUGUACAAUAUCACUGUAUGGACUGUAAGUGGUGGAGUUUCUAGUUUACCCAUACAACGGCAGGAUAGAUUAUUCCCCGAACCCAUAACUCAAUUACACGCCACAAAUAUUACCGAUACCGAGAUUUCCUUAAGAUGGGAUAUACCUAAGGGGGAAUUUAAUGAUUUCGAUGUGCAAUAUUUAACCGCCGACAAUAUAUUAGCCCAGAAUAUUACCAACAAGAAUGAAAUAACCAUAAAUGAUCUCAAACCUCAUCGCAAUUAUACCUUCACGGUGGUGGUUAGGUCUGGCACUGAAUCGUCAGUAUUACGCAGCAGUUCUCCCUUAUCGGCCAGUUUUAGUACAAAUGAAGCUGUACCCGGUAAAGUAGAGAGAUUCCAUCCCAUUAAUGUGGAACCCAGUGAAGUUCUGUUUGAAUGGUUGUUGCCUCAAAGUGAGGCCAAUGGUGUUAUCAGACAAUUCUCCAUAACCUACAUGAAUGUUAAUAAUGUAACGGAAAGAAAAACUUUGGACUUUGAUUCAUCGGAAGCGACGGGUUCUAUCAAAAAUCUAAAGCCUGGUGAGACCUAUGUUUUCAAAAUACAAGCUAAAACUUCUAUAGGCUAUGGUCCCGAAAGAGAGUACAAACAAACUAUGCCUAUAUUAGCCCCACCCCGACCAGCUACCCAAGUGGUGCCCACAGAGGUUUAUCGCAGUUCAGCAACAAUACAAAUAAGAUUUAGGAAAAACUAUUUCUCAGACCAAAAUGGACCGGUACGCAUGUAUACCAUUAUUGUGGCUGAAGAUGAUACCAAAAAUGCUUCCGGCUUGGAAAUGCCCAGUUGGCAUGAUGUCCAGUCUUAUAGCGUUUGGUUGCCCUAUCAAGCUGUUGAACCUUAUUAUCCUUUUGAAAAUCGUUCCGUAGAAGAUUUCACUAUUGGUACUGAGAACUGUGAUAAUCGCAAGAGCGGCUAUUGUAAUGGCCCUUUGAAGUCUGGCACUACAUAUCGUGUUAAAGUUCGUGCUUUCACUGCUCCCGAUAAAUUCACCGAUACUGCUUACAGUUUUCCCAUACAAACCGAUCAAGACAACACUUCUUUGAUUGUUGCCGUUACGGUGCCAUUGACAAUUAUUUUGAUAUUACUCGUAACAUUAGUCUUUUACAAGAGACGUCGUAAUAAUUGUCGCAAAGCAACUAAAGAUUCUCGAGCCAAUGAUAAUAUGUCGCUGCCAGACAGUGUGAUUGAACAGAAUCGUCCGGUAUUGAUUAAAAACUUUGCCGAACAUUAUCGCAUGAUGUCGGCUGACUCAGAUUUUCGAUUUUCCGAAGAGUUUGAUGAACUUAAACAUGUGGGACGCGAUCAGCCCUGUACAUUUGCCGAUCUACCUUGCAAUCGGCCUAAAAAUCGUUUUACCAACAUUUUGCCAUACGAUCACUCGCGUUUCAAACUACAGCCAGUGGAUGAUGAUGAAGGUUCCGACUAUAUAAAUGCCAAUUAUGUGCCUGGCCAUAAUAGUCCUAGAGAGUUUAUAGUGACCCAGGGACCGUUGCACUCUACACGCGAUGAUUUCUGGCGUAUGAGUUGGGAGAGCAAUUCUAGGGCCAUUGUUAUGUUGACCAGAACUUUUGAAAAGGGUCGUGAGAAAUGUGAUCAAUAUUGGCCAAAUGAUACCGUACCAGUAUUUUAUGGUGAUAUUAAAGUUCAAAUAUUAAAUGAUAGUCAUUAUCCAGAUUGGAUUAUGACCGAAUUUAUGGUGUGCAGGGGCAGUGAACAAAGAAUUGUGCGCCAUUUCCAUUUCACCACCUGGCCAGAUUUUGGUGUACCCAAUCCACCUCAAACGUUGGUGCGUUUUGUUAGAGCCUUCCGCGAUCGUAUUGGUACCGAACAGCGACCUAUUGUGGUGCACUGUAGUGCUGGUGUAGGACGUUCGGGUACAUUUAUAACAUUGGAUCGUAUUUUACAACAGAUUAAUACCUCCGAUUUUGUGGAUAUCUUUGGUAUUGUUUAUGCCAUGAGAAAAGAACGUGUUUGGAUGGUGCAAACGGAACAACAGUAUAUUUGCAUCCAUCAAUGUCUGUUGGCUGUGUUAGAGGGUAAAGAAAAUAUUGUGGGUCCUCCACGAGAAAUGCAUGAUAAUGAAGGCUAUGAAGGCCAACAACCUCAAUACGAUGAAAAUGGUGAAAUUAUAGCCACCAUCGAGGGACACAAUGAAAUGCAUGACACCCUGCAGCCGGAAGAUGCAGAAGCUAUUGAUCAUGAAAAUGCCGCCAUCAUACACGAUGAUCAACAACCGCUAACGGGUUUUGGAGGAGCAGCCGUACACAGUACUUCGAUGAGUUCAUUUGGCAAUGUUGCCCAGGUCUACAACACCGAUUCGAUGGACAGAUGACAUACGGCCAAUCAGAACGAUAACAACAAUUCCGUGGUUAUCGUUCUGGUUGACAAUAAGCCCAGUUCGAUGAUCUGCAAGGAAGGUUCCAUAGAUGUGAUCAGCAUCGGUAAUAGCAGUGGUGGUAAUACAAGUAACAAUAGUGCCAAUU